CUGUGAGGAGGGAGAACCGCUGGCGUCAGUUAUCUGAAACUAAAUGAGUUACUUCUAUUCGCUUUUAUUAAUAUUUAAUCAGUUACGCACUUACAAGAGCAGGAGAGCCAUGCCUUUCCUCCACGGCUUCCGAAGGAUCAUCUAUGAGUAUCAGCCGCUGGUCGAUGCCGUGAUGUGUGUUGUUGGACUGGAGGAAGGAGACGCAGGUCAACAGGACAGUUUGAACGAAAAAGAGCAACUUCUUUCUACUCAUAUCAGAGGACCUGAGGAUGAGUCCGGUGCAUGUAACUCUCUGGUGGAGCUUCUGGAGCGAGAGUCCAAGUCAGAAGUGUUUGUGGAAGGUAUCAGCUAUGCCCUGUUUAAAGUGGCAGAGCGGGGGCUGGUGGAUGCAGCGGAAAUCCUUCUACGCUUUGGAGCUGAUCUAAACUUUGAAGACCCCGUGUCAUACUACAAUCCACUACAUAUAGCAGUUUUAAGGAACCGACCGAACAUGGUGAAGCUGCUGGUUGGACAUGGAGCUGACAUUGAAAAGAGGGAUAGGAUCCAUGAAAGCAGUCCCCUGGACCUUGCUAGUGAGGAGUCAGAGAGACUGCCCUGCCUGCUCACCUUGCUGGACCUUGGAGCUGCUGUGAAUGCAAGAGAUAAACAUGGAAAAACCCCUUUGCUCCACGCCUUGGCAAGCAGUGAUGGACUCACUGUGCACAACACAGAGAACAUUGAGCUUCUACUUGAGAGAGGUGCUGACAUUAACGCUGCAACAGUAGACGGUGAAACAGUUCAGUCCUCGUUGGUGUUUCUGGUAAAAGAGGCUCUGGAGGCCAGCGCCGAGGAGGCUGCUGAGAUCGGUGUCUUCUGCUUGAAAACCACACGUCUUCUGCUGGCCCAUGGAGGGGACCCCAGCUGCUGUCGGAAUGAUCACGGCGAGCCCUCCCUGACGCAGACAAGCCUGGAGCACUUUGACCUGCUCUUCCCUCUGGCUGUGCUCUUAAUGCAGAGUGGAGUUGCUUUGGUUUGCGCCUAUCACAGCUACCCCUGUUGGUCAGGUUACAGACUCCUUUUCCAGAGGCUCCAAACGGCCCUGGAGCAGAGCUCUGAUCAAAGUCAUGCCACCGAGCUCCUGGAGCAGGCUGAGAUGUUGCUCGACCUAGCAAGGGUAAACUUCCCCAAGCUGCACGUCCCUCGCAGGCUGGAGCUCCCUGUGCCCGGUCAGGACCCUCACCCAUACGCUCAGGCUCUGGUAGACCUGCAUGACCGUGCAGUAGAGCGUGAAGCAAGCCCUCCAGCUCUGCGAUGCCUUUGUCGGGUAUACAUAAGGAGCUACUUACAGCCCUGGCCACUGGAAGACAGAGUCAAAGCCUUGCCUCUACCAGACAGACUGAAAGACUUUCUUCAUCCCGAGCACACAUAUACCCCAAAGCCUGGCUGGGACUGCUUCAAGCCCCAGCAGAGCCAACGCUGACCAAUUACCGGCUUAGUUUCUGUGCUGCCUAAAAUCUGAAAUGAAAGACUGAACAUACCUGAAAUAAUCUGUGUGAAAUAUUUGACCAUAAAUUAAGCUCAAGCUAACUUACCAUUGAGGCCUUUGUUGAGUUCUUAUUCUGUUUGUCUGUGCCAAAUUAACAGACAAGUGUGUUAAUGUUUACUUUAAAAUACAAGGUUAUUUUGUACAAAAUAGUCUGAGGUGUAACUACUUUUUCACUGUUCUGAUUAAACUGCAGUUUUGUUAUGAACCAAAUGACUUCAUGAAGGAGAUUGCAAUAAAAAUGUGAGCCACCAGAUGGCAGUGUUGCUCCUGCAUAUCAGAAGUAGCUCAGAUGUCAGGGUCAAAGAUUUAGUUAUUCACAGUGCAGCCUAUUAAAGUUGUUCCAGCACAGUCGGGUCCAUCUAUAUUUUAUCUCCUCAACAUGAUGGUGGUGCAUUGUGGAAUAUGUGUAUCUCCUUACUUAACAUGAAGGUGGAAGAAUAAAAAAAUGUGUGUUUCACCCA